AGGCGGCUGUUGCGCAAUGGGAGUGGCGGUUCCCCAUGGCAGCAAAGCCGGUUUUGCUGUUCGCGCGCGAAGGAUGUUUCGGGAGGGGCCUGGGACGUGGAAACCCGGAUCGGUGUUCUGUUCCUGCGCCCCGCAGGCGGCGCUAUGGAUACGCUGCUCCUGCCGAGGGAGACUUCUGUAAGGGCGGAACACCCCAGUCCCUGGCAGAUGAGGCGAUCUGGCACAACUUUUCUUACAGCUUCCCAUAUGGUCUAGCGGUUAGGAUUCCUGGUUUUCACCCAGGCGGCCCGGGUUCGACUCCCGGUAUGGGAAGAUGCGACUUCUUUUUUUGCCGGUCCCCUCCGAAGCCCUACUAGCUCUGCUGCUUGGAGAACCGGCCACGGGUCGAGAUCCCAGUGCGCCUCCUCAUCAGGGUUUAGCCUCUUGGCCGACAAGGCAGCCGAGGGGAUCAGCUGCCCGCAGGCAUCGCCCCUCUCGACGAUUGGACGGCCCGGUUCCGCUGGGCGGGGCCUUGGGAAGAAAACGCACCUGCGGCGCUGCUCUGGCCAGAGGGCGAUGGAGGCAGCCGAGGAGCGAGGGCUGGCGAGCGACUCCCUGGAGGCCUUCUUGCUGGAGUUUGACCACGCGGUCCGGGACUUCGAGCAGCGAGGCUCUUCUCGGCCCGAGGCGCCCCUGCAGACUUUGAAGACGGGGCUCCAGCGCAGCCUGUGCGGCAGCGACUGCGACGGCUCUGGAACAGGCAAAAGCAUCUCUCCCAGCAGCAGCCUGAACAGCAGCCAGGAGGAUCUCAUGGCUGGUGUGGCUUCUUCCCAGAUUCCUUGCUCCACAGCUAAGCUUGGAGACACCCGCGAACUGGAAGCAUUCAUUGCAGACCUCGACCAAAUCCUGAAGGGUAGGUGUGGGAUCUGGGCCCUGUAGGAAGCCCAAAGGAUCCUCUGGUGAACCAGGCUUUGCCUGCGGGGGCUUCUGGAGAGCCCUUGGGGCACAAAUGGUGCUGCAGAGGCAUUUGUAGGAUCUCUGGGCUUUCAGAGAGGUACUUUGUUAAGUUCCCGCUGAGGUUGGUGACUGAUGAAGCCUUCCAAUCAUCUUGGAACAUGGUGGGUAUCCUGGGUCUCUGCGGUCUCUGACUGAUGUAGAGGAGGCUGGGAAGGGCCCAAGGCAGAAGGUCUGGAGGGGUCUUUGUUUUAGCCCAGUUAUUCCUUUCUUGCAGAAAUGUGACCAGCUUUCCUCCUGUGCUCUUCAAGAUGAAAAUUUGCCUGCUGAUAUGCUGAAUGGACUCAGCCUUUUUUUCCCUGGGAGAAACCCCCCACCAAAAUGCCUGAUGUAUCAGCUAUGGCUGCUUCCAAAGCCAGCCUACUCUGCAGCUGGUUUUUCUGCAGGGAAGGGAUCACCUUUCGGGUCUAGAAGUCAAAGCAGAAAUCCAGUAAGUCUGGAUCCCAAAAGUCUUCUGCCAUUGGAUUGAUUUUUGAAAUUGAGGAGAAAGCCGGAUUACUUGGCUUCAUUGUGACAAGCUGUGUGGAGGGGAGGGGAGGGAGCCCCAAAGAGCCUCCUUGGGAGCUGAAGCCGGAGCCCCAACAGGGUGCUGCUUUUUCCCCAGCCUGGGCGGGUUCUGCUGCAGAGGAAUGGCCUGGGCAGGGCAGGCGAGUACAGCCACCCUCUGGCCUGGGGGGCCCUCCCAGCUUCUUCAGUGGGACUGUUGAUAUGGAGGGGAAAAUCUGGGUAGGGGAAUGUCUGUCUGGUUGCUUGACUGCUGAGUUUGGAGUGGGCUCUGGUCAGAGGAGCUGCAUCUCUUUCUACAUGGAGCUCCUGAAAGGCCACAUGGAGAGAAGUGGGGAGGGGCUGGCUUUUCAACCAGGUGGUGGUGGGAGGGGGAGGAGAGUUAGGAGUCUCAUUGGAGGAGAUGAGUUGUGCCAAGGUUGGGGUUUUAUUGAUUCUGGUUUUUAUUUUUUGUAUAAUACUAUUCUAUGGUUGUAAGCCUCCCAGAGUUCUAGUUUUAAGAUGGAUUGCUGUAUUUUAAAUAUUUUAAAUAAAUGUAAAUAAAAUGCUAUUGUCUUCGUGGGUUUGGCUGUAGAAGAAUUCAUAGCUGACCACCUUAGGCAAUGAAAUAAAUGCCGAAAGAGAAACAAAAAACAAGCAUGUAUCCAAAGAUUUAUAAGGU